GCCAUGUGCAUCUCUCUCUCCCCACCCUCCCAGCCACAAUAAACACUGAUGUGUGACAACCGUCCACGUGGGCUGAAGUGGCCCGCAGAGGGACAACUUCACUCUGCUGCAAGUGCGCAUGAGGACGGACGGCGGUGGAUGCUUCCAAUAGGGCGCACGGCUGCGAAACAGCAUGAAGUCCAAACGCGCAGCAUCUGAGGGUCCCGGGGCGCCACGGUGACAGAUAUGGAUCACUUCUUUCGGAGAAAGCGGGCAGGUUUGGUGAAGUUCUUGCUGAGUCUCUCCCUGGUUUUGGCGUCUAUUCUGAUGAUUCUCAAGCUGAACCUGUCGGGAAAAUACGCGGCGGGCUUAAAAGACGCGCGGGACGCGAGCUGGUGCGGCUCGGACUGUUUUCCUUCAACACAGGCACCGGUAAAGUCCGAUUUCUGGAGACUAAAUGCCGCGGCGCAAAGCAACAGAGUGAACUCGCAGCGGGCGGCCAACGGGACCCCGACCGGCUGGGACGUACAAGUUCUCAACUGCAGCGAGGACGAAUUGGUGAAGAGCCAGGGCUGGUUCCAGCGUCUGGACCCGAGGUUUCACCAGUUUGUCCUGCACAGACACUGUAGGUACUUCCCCAUGCUCAUCAACCACCCGGAGAAAUGCGCGGACGGAGAGGUGCACCUCAUCAUGGUGAUCAAGUCCGUUAUCGAACAGCACGACCGGCGGGAAGCUGUGCGUAAAACCUGGGGCAAGGAGGGCACAGUUAACGGAAAGAAGAUCAAAACUUUAUUUCUCCUCGGAACUCCGACAACAGGUAAAGACACUAAGAACCUCCAGAAACUGAUCGAGUACGAGGAUCAGAUCUACAAAGACAUCCUGCAGUGGGACUUUAUGGACACCUUCCUCAACCUGACCCUAAAGGAGGUGAAUUUCCUCAAAUGGUUCAACAUCUACUGUCCCGGGGCGCAGUUCAUAUACAAAGGAGACGACGACGUGUUUGUGAACACGCACAACCUGCUGGAGUUCAUUGGCUACAAGGUGGACGAUGGCAAAGACGCCGACUUGUUUGUGGGGGACACGAUCGCCAAGGCGAUCCCCAUCCGGAACCGCCAGAGCAAAUACUACAUACCCAAAGAGCUCUACGACAAGCCGUACCCGCCCUAUUUAGGGGGUGGGGGGUUCGUGAUGUCCUCCCAGAUGGCCAGGAGGCUCUUCGCGGCCUCGGAGGACGUGGAGCUGUACCCCAUCGACGACGUGUUUUUAGGGAUGUGUGUCAAGAGGCUGAACGUGGCUCCGGAGUUGCACGCAGGCUUCAGGACCUUCGGUAUCACCAGACAAAAGGCGAGCUCCAUAAACACGGAGCCGUGCUUUUACAAGAGCCUCAUCGUGGUGCACAAACUGAGCGCGCAGGAGCUGCUCAGGAUGUGGAGCGCAGUGCACGACAAGGAUCUGGUUUGCGCACAAAGGACCUUUAUAUGAAGGACCCCCCAGCAGGCCAUGAAAUCAACUUGUAGUUGAUCAAUACAUUCAUUAAAUCGUCCGGAGGUUUUCUUUAUUAUUAUUCCGACUGUAUUCGAUCUUCAGCGGAUUGAGUGGAGAGAAACUCAGUCGGUGUUCUCUGAGUGCCAGAUAAAACUGUUCACAACCUGGCUGACCGAACACUGUGGACCCUAAGUGGACCUCUUUUGGUUUAUUUGUAAUUUGUAAAACCACUACAGCACCAACUAAUAAGACAUGUACAUUUUCAAAUUCAGUUUGUGCCAUUUACUAUCCUCAAGUCCUAACGUGAGAGUCAUUUUAUUGUGGACUUUGGGGGAGUAGUGUUUAAAUUUGCAGGUUAAAACGUGACUCUUUCCAUCACUCCUCUGUUCGGCUAUUUCCUGAGAUUUUAUUCUCUAAUUUCAUGAUUUUAUAAACUAGGCAUGGGCUGGCACCAAAUUCCAAUGAUAUGAGACGACCUUAAGAAAAACUAUUAUGGAAUCAUACUGACACAAAAAAUAAACCUAAGAUCUCUAACUAGACCUGUUGGUAUUAAUUUAAAACAGGAAAUCAAGUUAUCCCUUCUACUCCCAAUAUAAUUGAAACAUGGAUGUGUAGCAAAUAUAGCCGGUUUAUAAAAAGAGAAUAUACAAUUAUUUAUUUUUGUUUACUUUGCAAAUUUCUUUCAGCUAGCUGACAGCUAACACCUUUCAGCUAACACCUGUUGCAGCAACAUGUGUGAGAAGGGCACUGCUUUGUUAGUCUGCACACCAUUCAGCUGGAGAACAUUCUUAUUUUUUUUAAAAAUUACACAAUCAGGCCACUGUGAUUAAAAAUGUAAAAAAAAAAGAAAAGGUAUAUGUUAAACAGCUACGGUCUUAAAGCCAUAACUGUCAAAAAUCAUACCACUGCCUCGCUCAUGCCUAAUUUUAGCUGCAAAGGGAACUUAAUAGGUUUAGAACAAAACCUAUUGAGGACAAACAGUAGUUAUUUGAUUAUUUUACAAUGUAUUGUAAAAAUGUAAAAAAAAAAAAAAA